AUGGCAUUGAAGUUUAACCCCGGUCAGACUGUGGCUCGAAGCAUAGACCCUACACAAGUCCACCCCGAGGUCCUUCGCGUUGUGACAGAGAUCUUGGACCUCCAUCUAAACACUUUUGAGUCCACCAUCGCUGUCUCGGGAGGUGAUUACAUCGCCUUCGGCGAAGAAGGCCGGCUGUUUAUGGCCUUGCAGAUGGGGCGUAUUCUCCGCAAGCCGGUCAUGUGGGUAAAAGAUGGCAUCUACACGAACAUCGACAGAUGGGUCCUUGGUCCUUGUAGUAGAUUCAUCACCGGGUCACACAUGAUUGUGUCAGUCAAUGGCAUCGCUGUUGUUGUGCGAAAGCCGCCACCACAACUCCUCGAGGAAGCGUUUGGUGCAAUGGAUCACUACGUCAACACUCCCGAGCGGGAGCCUAAGAUCCCUCGCCCUCCCAAUGCCUUCAUUCUCUACCGCAAAGAUUACCAAGCGCAGAUCAAGCAGAUGAAUCCUCACCUUCAGAACAACGACAUCUCGGGAAUUCUGGGCAGGGCCUGGAAUGCCGAAUCACACGAGGUUCAGGAGAGAUAUAGGGCGCUCGCCAAAGCGUACAAGGAACGCCAUAACAAACUGCACCCAGACUAUCGAUAUACUCCACGCAAGCCUUCAGAGAAGCGUCGUCGUAGCCGUAGAAGCACAUCUGCCCAGUCCACAAAGCCAGCUGCCUCGCCAUCGAGAUGA